UCGUGCGGUAGCCUCCCUUGCAAAAAGUCACCCGAUAAGGAAGUGACGUUCGUAUACUGAAAUCAUUUCAAUAAAUGGAAACAAGUCGCAAUUAAACAAUUAGUUUAUUGCCCUGUUUGAAGAUUUUCGAGUGUUUAGAUAAUCAGACAAAAUGAUUUUAUAUUGUAUGUGAUAUAAACCUGUGUAUAUCGCGCAAGUUCAGCAGAAACAGAAAGUUGAUUGAGCGUCCGCCAUUUUGGCAUAUUUACCGUUUAGUUAGUUAGAUUAGAAUGGCUAAAAAGACAUAUGAUUUAUUGUUUAAAUUGUUGCUUAUUGGUGAUUCUGGCGUUGGUAAAACCUGUUUGUUGUUCAGAUUCUCUGAUGAUGCAUUCAACACAACAUUUAUAUCCACCAUAGGAAUUGACUUCAAGAUAAAAACUGUGGAACUUGGUGGGAAGAAGAUCAAGUUGCAGAUAUGGGAUACCGCGGGACAAGAAAGAUUCCAUACGAUCACCACCUCCUACUACAGAGGAGCUAUGGGAAUUAUGUUGGUGUAUGAUAUUACAAAUGCCAAAACUUUCGAAAACAUUUCAAAGUGGUUGAGAAAUAUAGAUGAGCAUGCCAAUGAAGAUGUAGAGAAGAUGAUACUAGGGAACAAAUGUGAUAUGGAAGACAAGAGACAGGUGUCCAAGGAUAGGGGAGAUGCAAUUGCAAAGGAACAUGGAAUUCCAUUUUUAGAAACCAGUGCAAAAGCAAAUAUAAAUGUAGAAAAAGCUUUUAUGGAUUUAGCACAAGCCAUAUUGAAUAAGACUCCAGGUAGAGAUGCACAACAAAACAGUGGUAUAGAUGUUCACAGAAAUCAAGAUCCUGCAACAAGGAAAUGCUGCUAAUUAAUAUUUUAUAUAUAAAUGUCACUUCUAGUUUUUAAAACAAACUUUCCUAGGCCUAGGUGUGUCACAUAGGAUAACAACUGUGUACUGGCAGAUACAGGAUUUCACUUCUACUGUUUCAAUUGGAAACAGAAUUGUGGUCAAACUUAGUUCCAAUUCAGCAGUAUACUUUUAAAGUUUAAAUGUUAAAUAUUAUGUUGCUUACUUAUUCUUAUGAAAAUGACUGUUAACAUAUUUUAAAAACAAGUAUAAAAUAAGUAAUUCUAAUAAUGGGAAUUCAAGUUUAUAAAGAAAUAGUUUUGUUAUCGAUAUUUGUGAACAUAUUUCAGUGUUUAUAAGGGAUAUAUAUUACUUAGGUGAAUAGACUAUAAUACCUUUUCUGUUAUUUUGAAAAUAUUCACUGUUUUUAUUAAAACAACAAAAACAAAAAACUAACAAGCUGGAAAAUUUUGAUCGUCCCUUGAUAAGCUUGCAGCAAGUUUUGCUAAUUGAUUAAUUUGUUACCAUUGUGUAUCAUACAAUACAAGUUUGAAAGUUUUCACUGGUUUAUGACGAUAUAUUUACACAUAAAAGUUGCUGUAUCAAUUGUUUCCCAGGUGACCACAACUAGGACUUCAUUUGAUAUGUUUUCAGUUUUACAACAUGCACAUUUUAUGAACUUUUAGAGAAAGAAGAAAAACAGUAUGUUAAUUAUAUAGUUAGAAAAAUGUUAAAACAUCUUAAUGAACAUGACUUUAUGACAAGUUGAAAUAAACCAGGGAUUAUUGGCAAACAUUAGACUUUAGAUAAUGAUUUUUGAUUUAUAUUUGAAGGUGCAUGCCACCAACACCUGCUUGAUGGAGAAAGGAAGAUAUUUUCCUUGACACAUGUUUACAUAACAUAUGAAUUAAGCCCUGCAUAUAAAGUGUAUACCUACUAACUGACUGAAUGUUAAUAUCAUUGAAUGCUACAAUUUUUGUUGAAGUCUUUACUGUCUGUUCAUACACUGACAAAUAUGUUUGUUAAUAUAAUGAAAGAUAGAAAUACAGCCAGCACAAAGAUACUAGAUAGUACAUAACAUCAGUAUGUAGAUUAUAUAAUGUAGGAGUAUUUGAAUUACUGUUCAAACUUAAUAUAGCAUGUUCAAGUCUUUAUAAAGUAUACGAGUCUAGGAAUAUAAUUUUAUUUUCUAUAAUUUAAACAUGUAUAUAUAGAUACAACAUUUUAACAAUAUAUUUAUUGUCAUAGAUGACACAUACAAUAAAGCUGCCACACUCUUUUCUUACCUAAUUAAAGCUAAAUUCUGAUGCCAGCAUGCUGGGAGACAAGAGUUAACAUUGUUUGUAAUAAUGUGUUAAAAUGUUCAUUAAAUGUUCAUGUUGUGAAUACUGAAUGUUCACUAUUGCUUUAUGUAACUUCCCCCCAUGUUAUAUCUAGAUGUUGAUUAUGUCAGCCUGGCUUUAACACAUUACCUGUACAAAUUACUUCAUUUUUUUCUUCAUACUUAAGCUAUGAAGGCCAAGAAAAUAUUACUUAAAAAUUACAAAAUUCAGUAUUUUUCUUAGUAUUCUACCUAUUAUAAGUUUAGCAUAACAAAAAGAAAUGUUUUCUAUAUUUUUGUUAGAAAACAGCAUUUAAAGUGAUUAUCAAUCAAUUAAAACUUGAUCUAGAUAUUUCAUUAUUUUUCUUCAAUAAUUUUUAACCUUGCUUGUGAAAAAUUGAUGUGUUUUUCAUUUACAAGUGCUACAUCAUUUAUAAUAUACAUGUAUAUAUUGUAUAUACAUGCAGAUAACAUGCCUGUUAGUAUAAGGCCAUUAUUGAGCUCUUUAAUUUUCUGCAGCCAAUUUAUGAACAAUUCUUUUUCGAAUAGUCAGUAGUAAUUUUUUUUAAAUAGAUACUGGUAAGUUACCCAGGAAAGCUGGUUAGGUGAAAAAACUUCCAUGAUAUAACCAAAAAUGUUUUAAAAUUGGCUUAAAACAUACAACAAUAAAUCUAAAUACUG